ACUAUAUUAUCAUUUCAGUAAUUCACAUCACAAUUCAUAAUUUCAUUUUAUAAUUAUCGUAUACCUCCUACAAAACUGAAUUAAAUAUAAUACCUUCUGUAAUAAGAACAUUAAUAUUAUUUAUAUAUAAAUGCGUUUAGUUUUUAAAUAAGCCAUGCUAAUUUAUGUUUAUUUAUUAAAGUGAGUCGGAAUAAAUAUCAGAAAUAUUGUGCAGCGUUUGUAUUUUUUGUCUCUAAUAAACCAAAUGGAUUCGCACGCGGACCGAGUUUCCGAAGGUGGCGAUACGGAGGAUUUACCCAGUGACUUUUUUGAUGACUUUAGUAAAGAGGAUUUUAUAGAGAGUUUGAGCGUAGUAGACAGUUGGUGCGAUGACGAUAAUAAAAAACGUAGCUCUCGUAUUACUGAGACGGAGUUGCAGAAUGUUAAGGACCUUCGAGAGUUAAUAGGUGACGACGAUCGGGACAGGAAAAAUAAAGGAUCCAACUCGAAGUAUAAUGAUAGAAGUAAAAGAAAAGAUAAUCAAUCAUUACCCAAGAAGAUAAAGCCAUUCCAACGGGAUAGUCGGCUGGAUGAAUUUAUUAAACCAGGUAGCCGCCGAGAUCCCAGCAAAACUAGUGAGGCUAUUAGGAAAGAUAAGGAAGUCAAGGUAAAGGAAUAUUUGGACAAAGUAUUGGAAGGAACUGAUGACAUUCGUCCUCCUGGAACAGAACUGGAUGAUUAUUUUAAUGAAAAUAAAACAGAGGAAAAACGAAAAACUUCAGCUGUUGAAGGAUUCUUUACUUCAAAGAAAGAACCUAUUUGGGAAUCUAAAACAAGAAGACAUAGCCCACAUUGGAGCCCGAAGCGCCAACAAAGUCCACGAAUAAGUCUUCAGAGGAGUCAACGAAGAAGCCCAUGGAGAAGUCCACGAAGGAGCCCACCCAGAGCCUCACGAAGGAGUCCUCGUCGCAGUCCUCAUUACAGCUCUAGAUGGAACUCACGCAUACAUCAUAGUUCAUAUAAUUCAAAAUUUAGGCGCUAUAGUCCAGCACAGCGAAGUCCUCAUAGAAUUAGUCCAUCUAGUCGUAGUCCACAAAGGCGUAGAUACUCAAAAUCUCCAGUUAGACAUAAAUAUAACAGAUCAUAUUCUAGAUCACCCAUUAGGAGGGAAAGUCCUUUAUAUACUCCAGAGCCAUAUACAUAUUAUCCUACUGCUAAUUCACAAUACACGGCAGAUCCACAUUAUCCUGCACCUGUACAAUCUGAUGAUUAUGCAGGUGGUAUGCAAAUGUAUCAGCAGGCACCAUUUUAUCCUGCAGACUACAGUGGAACUAGCUAUGAUUAUGGCGUACAACAAGUACUACCAGCUGUACAACCACAGCCAGUUCCAGCUCCAUUAAAUAUAGGGUCUGUAAAUCCUGUUGCACCACCACUAAAUCCAGUUGCCCCAAUUCUGAGUGAAAUGUCACCUGCCAUGGUCCCACCACCAUCACAGCCUGUGUCUACGUCAGUAGUAAAUGAUGCGCCUGACCAAAGUAUGGUAACACCAUAUGAUGCUUUGGCACAAUUAGUUGCAGAAGGAAAACUUUCUAAAGAGGAUUAUUUGAAACUUGCUCCCAAUAAAGGUGUAGCAUCCUCUACUAUGGACUGCACAGAAAGAGUUAAAGUAUUGAAGCGCUGCAAUGAUGCUUUGAGCAAGCUAUCCACACUAUGUCUACCAAGUCGUUUACUGAUAGAGCAGCAUGAUACCCCAGAAAUUAAAUCUCUACCCCCCAAGUUUUGUUCACCAUUGAAGAGAAUACCACCUGUCGAGUUUCACUUCACAAAGGCAAGCGGAUCGACAACUGCUCAACAGAAUAGGCAGCUCGUCAAUAGCAUCAUUGCGACAAUAGGUUUGGACAAAUUAGUAGGGUCUAAAAAGAAACCACGAAGUAAUAUGAUAGAUGCUGCUGUUCAAACUACUAAAGUUCAUUGUGAUCUUUGUGAAAUUCGAGAAUCUACACAGUUCAACGAAGUAGGUACAUCUACAGAUCCAGGGCAUUUUUCUGAAUCAGUGCACACUCAAGUUGUGGAACAAGAUUUAAUUAGUUCGAAGGCUGUUUUCAACGUAAGAGGAAGUGUUUCUGACGGUGCUCCUAUAUCCAUCUCACAUCUCACUCCAGCGCAGUUGGUGUCGCAGUUAGCAGCCCGCGCCAAGACACUGAAGCAAACGUCGGACCCCAUGCCGUCUUCCAGUCAGUUUACUAGAAGAAAUCCUAGCAACAGUUAUGACUACAGUGACAGAGGGGGGCAACAUUAUUAUAAUAAUAACAAAUAUAGAUAUUAAUUAUAUCAUUGUUGGUGUAUAAUGGUUUAUCUGUGUUCGUUGAAAUGAAAGUUAAUAAUUUACUGAUCCUUUAAGUCACAAAGGCGUGUUUACAAUAAAAUUAAGGCAUGAACAAUUUGUUUUAUUAAUUCCAAUUGCACUAUAAAAACAUUUUAUUUUGACAGAUUAUCACUAUUGUACUCAUAUGCGAUCUAUAUGUGUAUAUUUGUCCUAAUAAUUUA